AAAUAUCCAAAUCCAGCACUAGACAAUGCAACCACUAUCAAUAAAGUAACAAUUCAACCUGAUCUUUUGGUAGCUAAUAACCCAGGUGAGAUUACAGGUUCUGCAACAACAGAAACUGAGAUUACUGAAGACUACAUAUUUGCUUUUGUUUUUGUUGAUCAAAGUGAGAAAAUUUUAGGUGAAAACCGUAUAACAAUUUGUGAUGAUGGUAAAACUAAAUAUCUAACUAAAGAAUAUAAUAUUGAUUUUACAUUUGGUGUCCCCAAUUUUACUCUAUCCGACAUCAUAAUAGCUGCAAUUUUUAAUUAUAAAACAAACUUAACAAUAGCUUGUGGUUAUUCUCCUUUUUCCUAA